UAUAACACUAUGGCCAAAGUACUCGCUCUUUCUUCUCGUAGUCCAGAAUACAAAGCUAUUGCAGGCUUAAAUAUUAUUUAUGAGGCUGGCCUCGAUCGCGAAAGUCGUCCUAUUCUUGUACUUUGUGCAGACAACUUGCCUAACCCCGAUAUUUAUGAUUAUGAUUUGAUUUUAUCGUUUAUUCUUGCAAGACUAGACGAAUUUGUUGAAAAUGACUAUGUACUCGUUUUUUUUUCUUCUCCUGCAAGGUAUCGUCCAGGAUGGCUAUGGUUAUUAAAAGCAUAUCGUUCCCUUGAUCGCAAGUAUAAAAAGAACUUGAAGGCAUUGUAUGUCGUUCAUCUUACAAGAAUGUACAGACUUGUGUUUGAUUUUGCCAAUAAAAUUAUUAGUCCUAAAUUUGCUCGUAAAUUACGUUACUUGUCUACACUGGAACAAUUGAAAGAACAUGUCGUUUUAGCACCUCAAUUCAUACCUCAAAGAGUCAUUGAAUACGAUCAACAAUUACCAGCUAUCUAUCAACCACCCAAGCCUGUCCAACCUCAAAAGAGAACUGUUCCUUCUUUAGCAUUUGGAAGAAAGCUAGAAGAUUUGGCAGCUAUGGAAGGCAACACAUCCAAUGAUUAUAUUCCAAGUUUUGUAGUUCAAAUUGUCAAUCAUCUAAAAGAGCAUGGCUUGGAUAAGGAAGGUAUCUUCCGAAAAUCACCUGCAAGCGAUGAAUUACAGGCUGUCAAAAAUGCAUUGAAUCAAGGUGAACCUGUGGAUUUAACACAACAUGACAUUGAUGUCUCUGCAGCAUUACUCAAAGUGUUUAUUCGAGAACUUCCUAUUCCUCUUAUCAGUCUCAAAUUCAGCGAAGAUAUGGGCGCUUUACCAGAUGCAAGCAUUUGUACACAAGGAACAAUUGACAAGAUAAAAAACAAACUCAGUGCACAAUACAAAAACUCACCCAACUACCUUUCUUUACUCAAAUAUUUAUGUGAGUUCUUGAAGCAAGUCUCUGAUCAUUCUAUCAAGAACAGAAUGAAUACACACAAUUUAUCAGUUGUCUUUACACCCAACAUGAUUCGAGCAGAACAAGUCAAUGCGUCUCGUUAUGUGAAUAUGCAUGAAACAGAACAAGCUGCACUUGCUGAUGCAGCAGUCUAUCUAAAACAAAUGAAUCAAGGUAUGCAACUUGUUCAAUUGUUGAUUACGAAACACCAAGACAUUUUCAUAUAAAAUAUUUAUGCAAUUAUCAAGAGAAAAAUGAAUCUGAAACUUGGCC